AUGGGUCGACGCAUGUCAAUUCUUUACAAUUCCUAUAAUAGUCUAAGGUUGUCAAACACUUUUAUUUCCUAUUUUAUCGUCUCUUCUUCCACUAGUCGUGGUCUGAUUUUGGGGGUUUGGAACUCCCAUGUUAGUCUGGGGAAUAUAUUGGGCGGUGUGCUGGCGGGAAUUUUUGUGGAAUUCGCUUGGGGAUGGUCCUUCUUCGUACCUGGCCUGGUGCUCGUGUUUAUGGGCUUCAUGGUUUGCUUCUUCCUUGUCCCUUAUCCGGAAGAUCUUGGCUUUCAGGCACCGCAUAGAACUAUUAAGAGAGGAGAGGAGGACACUGACGAUACAACACCACCUCUGCUUUCAGUGGAGCAGAAUGAUGCAGAGGACCAUGAAGCGUUGCUUCAAUCAACCAGUCCUCCAAUAUCACGAGAAAACGUUCAAGCAAUCAGUUUUUGUGGCGCUCUCGCUGUUCCUGGCGUCGUCGAAUACUCGUUGGCCCUGUUUUUCGUCAAAGCAACUGCCUACAUAUUCCUCUUUUGGUUGCCAAGAUACCUCAAAGAAGUGCAUGGAUUGGAGGCAAGCUUGGCCGCUGAUACUUCAGCGGUGUUUGAUGCUGGCGGAAUUCUUGGCGGAAUCGUGGCUGGAUUGAUUACGGAUCGGACGACGUGUUACGCUACGGUCUCUGUUAUCAUGCUUGCACUUGGAAUGCCGAGUCUUUACCUGUACUUCCGCGUUGGAGACUUCUCCCUGCCCGUUUGUAUAUGCAUGUUGUUGACCUUGGGAUUCCUGAUAGUGGGUCCCUAUUCGCUCAUCACUACGGUCGUAUCGGCUGACCUUGGAACGCACCAAUCACUGGCCGGCAACGCCAAAGCCCUGUCAACGGUUGUUGCUAUCAUUGAUGGCACUGGUUCAAUAGGAGCUGCUAUUGGUCCCUUUGUUGUGGGCUUGCUUGUCGAAUACGGCUGGGGUGUCGUCUUUAUAAUGCUCAUUGCCUUUCUUGGAGUCGCAAUUUUGCUCCUUUUUCGACGAGUUGUUCGAGAAAUCCGCGGCUGCUGUCGUUCCUCCGUUCAUUAUGUUAGUCUGUCUUGA